AUGUCGAACGCAAUCGAAGAGGCCAAACGCGCGGCCGGCAAGGCCGCCGUGGACAACCACUACCCCAAGGACGCCAAGUUCGUCGGGAUUGGUAGUGGCUCUACCAUCGUCUACGUGGUCAAGGCUAUCAAGGAGUCGGGUAUUGACACCUCUAAGACCAAAUACGUGCCUACGGGGUUCCAAUCCAAGCAGCUGAUCGUCUCGAAUGACCUGACGGCCAUCGACUUCGAUUCGCUCCCGGAGGGAACGGUGCUGGAUGUGGCAUUCGAUGGUGCGGACGAAGUCGAUGACGAGCUGAACCUUAUCAAGGGCGGUGGUGCCUGUUUGUUCCAGGAGAAGAUCGUGGCCCUCCAGGCCAAGGAGUUCAUUGUUGUUGCUGACUCGCGCAAGCUCCAAUCCCGUCUCCUCUCCAACUGGAAAUAUAUCCCCAUUGAAGUCGCUCCCAUCGCCGCUCACCGCGUCCUCUCCGCCCUCAAGGAACUGGGCAGCAUCAACCCCGUUGUUCGGGUGCCGCCUGGGUCCUCUCCGGAGCUUCCCAAGCCGGGUCCUCUCAAGACCGACCAAGGCUUUUUCAUCAUCGACGCCCCGUUCCAGACGCUGCUCACGCAGGGCGAUGUUGCCGCUGGAAAGGACGGCAGCGGAAAGGGCGGUGUUUGGGAGGUCGAUGCUCUGUCUCGCGCUAUCAAGCAGAUCCCCGGUGUGUUGGACGUGGGCAUCUUCUCUGGCGUGACGGGUCCUCAGGCUCAGGCUGCCGGAGGCAUCGGCGGUCAGAAGCCCAUUGCCGCCUACUUCGGCAUGCCCGAUGGCUCCGUUUCGGUCCGGAAGGCCGCUUGA